AGUCGAGGUGGCCUCGAAGGGCACUAUUUGUUUUGCUGUAGCGUCACAAAAAAACGAACGCAACAUCCAAUUCUCCAUGUAUUUCGCAACAUCGGUAAUUAGUUUAUUCAUUAAUCCAUGGUACAAUACAAUAGUUGAUAUCAGAAAGUAACCAGCGAUGCCGAAGGAAGAGUGUUUUAUUUGUGCAACCGAUGAGGGAUUACUCCUGGAUGUUUUGGCUCAGGGAAAAGAUAUUCGUGAUGUUAUCCAGAAUUAUUUAUCUCUGGAGGUACAAAAAAGGAAAGCUCCAGCCAGCAGGAUAUGUUACAAAUGCGCCUACGAGUUGACUGAGUGCAAUAAAUUUAUUGGAAAAUUUAAUCAAGUACAUGAUAAUCAAAGCAAUAAGAAAUCACCGCAACGAAGGGGCCACUGUAACCUAUGCUCGGAGCCAGGAAAGAAGGGAUUUAUCUACGACCUCCAGAACGAGGCUCUCAACAAUGUUUUCAUCCAAAUUCAGGAUUUAUUCGGCCGCGAUCUCUCCUCGACGAGCAGAUCAUUCUUAGUGUGUUUAUACUGUCGAUACCACCUGGAUGUCCUGUCAGACCUGAAGAAAGUCGCUAAGCAUAAAUCCCCCGGUGGCGAUACAUUCUCGGGUGUCCAGAAGGUGAGUGUGAACGUCAUCAGACGAAAAACAACUUCCGUUCCCCUGCCAAUAGUCACAAAUUCCACCUCACCAACACGAUCGACCCGGAGGACGUCUCAACUCAAUCGUUCAUCCUCCCCAACGGAACGACAAUGUGACAAAUGUGCGGUGAAAAUUGACAAUGGAAUUGACAUGUACAGAUUCCACACGACGGGUGAAAAACUCUGCAAAGAUUGUUGGAUAUCAAUGGAUCCAGCUAAACAAUCGAAGGGACGACAGCGAAAUACACCAGUGCAAUCAAACACAAAACUUUGUACAGUUGUUCUCAAGGACGUCCUGACAAAUCCACCGGAGGGAAAAAAUCAGAGUGAAAUAAAUUCCCUAAAUUCAUCGAAGGCUGGGGCAGUCAGAACAAGAAACGCUGUCUACAUUAUUUCGGAUGAUUCUGAUGACGGUCGAGCAGUUAAAAAAUUACCAAAAAGAUCGAGCAGUGAGAAUGACACACAAUCAACGAAGAAACCAAAACGCGAUGAAUUUAUUUCCCAAAGACAGACUAGAGCAUCGAGUGUUAUGAAUAGUGUUGUUAGUUCAUCAAGAAACGUCUCCAAGUCACUACCAAAACGCAGACAUUCAGACUGUUUCGAAGUCCCAGACACAAUGCCUAAACGACAGAGAGGUCGACCCCGAAGAUUCACGAGUUACCUACAGGAGGAAGAGGUUGAUGACAAAAAAGCGACUAAAACACCAGCGAAAGUGAAGGCAGUGGUGACGCCUACAUCCAAGACAUCCAAGAAGCCGAGUCCACCGAAGAGCGUCUCAUCGAAUGAAGAAGUAUCAAAGAAGACACCCGAGAAAAAUUCAUCUCAGGAAAAUGAGAUAACAAAAGCUGAGGAAUGGGUCAGAAGAUCAACGAGAGUCAGGAAGUCACCAAAACACUGGUCGGAGACGUCUGAGUCUCCAGGAGUAUCUGAAGAGGAUAAUGAAACUGUUGAAGGGGACAUUGAGAGCGGUAAACCAUUGACGAGGAAUUCUAAAGUGAAGGGAUCCACGAGUAGAUCAAAGAACUCUCAGAAGGAAGUUGAGGCUGUUGAUGAGGUGACAACUCCAGAGAAUGACAAGAGCAUCAUCGGUGAUGGGGAGAAUCAGUCGUACACUUGCACAAUUUGCUGUUGUGAAUUUGAGAAUAAAAUCGAAGGUAUGACACACGAGUUGAAUCACUCGAAGAAACUUGGAGUUGUAUUGGAGAAGGUGGUGGUGUCUGGGGCUGUUGAUGAUGGAAAUAAAGAGGUGGAUAAUGAGGAGAGCAUUUCAGCUGAAGUUGAGGAGAGGAAAACUGGGGAAGAUUCAUUGGAAGCUGUUGAGGUGUCAGAGGUGACUGAAGAUGCUGGCACAUCUCAAAAAGACGAUAAAUCGCAUGACAAUAAUGAAGAGACGAAGGAGGAUGAAAUUGUUGAGGUACCUGGGGAGUCUGGAGACAGUGAAAAGCCAACGGAAGCAGAAAAGGUCCCGGAAGGUGAUGGAGAAAGUGCAGAGGGUAAGAAUUCUGAAGGAGGCGAGACUGAGUCUGAUAAAUUACCUGGAGUUGAUGAAUCCAAUGGAAGUGAUGGAGCAUCAAGACCUGAAGUCGAGGAGACGAAAAAUGAUUCUGGGGAUGAUGGAAAAGCUGACGUUGAUGAUGCAGGUGAAGGCGAGAAGGAGAAUGCAGAUGAAGAAUCUCUGGUGAUUGAAAAAGAAGUUGUUUCCGAGGAUAAAACCGGGGAAAGUGAAUUGCAAAAGAUCGAGAAUGGAGAUCAGGAGGGAGAGGCAGAGGUUCAGUCUGUGGUGGCCUCUGAGGAGACAAAUGAAGAUCCUCAGAGGGAGGACGUGCUUCCUUUGACGAAUGGAAAGAAUGAAGAUCCACCAGCUGAGGGUGAUCAUGAAGGUGAGGAAAAGACAAUGGAGAAGGUGUCCCAGAGUGACGAGUCACCAGUUGAUGAGAAUGCAAAGAGUAAAGAUCCCAGUGAAGGUGGAGAUGAGGAGAAAAUUGAUGAUGAAGAGGCAGCAGGAGAAAGCAUGGAGCAACCUCAGAAGGUUGGAGUUGUAGAAAAAAAUGAUGAGGACGAGAGGGAGGAGGAAAGGGCGACGAGUCCUCCAGGUCAAGAGGAUGUCGUCAAUGGGGAGGAGGAGAAUGAUGCGACGACAGAAGAUAGUAAAUCGAAAGGGGGAGAAAUAGCCAGCACUGAUGGGGUGGAUAGUGAUGAUAAUAAUAAGGAAAAAGAGAAUGUUAACGAGGUGACGUGCACUCCUGAUGGGGAAAGGGUUGAAGAGGCAGGAGAUUAUCCUGGAGAUGCUGGUGAUGCGGAGCCUUUCGCGGAAAUUGGGAAUAAACAAUUGGUUGAUGUUGAUGUUGAUGCUGAUGAGGCCAGUAUGGAUGCGAUUGAAAGGCAAAUGGAGAGUAUCGUUGGAAAAGAUGUGACGGGGGGAACUAAUGGAGCUCCUCCAGAGGAACAGAAAGUGUCAUAAUUUCGUAUUACAAUUGAUAUGUCGUGCUAUACUGUGGACAAAACAUGAUGCACAAUACCUUUUUUACGUGGAUGUUUGUGGAGAAAAAAAAAUGAGACUUGUCGAUGAAUUGUUGGAUGAUUUCAUUUGUUUUGUAUGCACCAGGGAAUUAAUUUUUAGUUAAAAAAUUAAUUCUGAAGGAAUUGGUAAUUUUUGGGGUUGGAUUGCGUAAAUUUUGGAGUGGGAGAUUAUUGGAUGAAGUUUAGAAAAAUUAGUUGUGAAUGGUGAGGAGUUAUUUGUCGAGUGGAAGUCACAUUGUUUGGUGUCCUCAACAAUUAGGGGAUAAUUAGUCAAUAUUAGUUCGAGGCCGGAAAUUUCUACCUGUUUCAUUGGGAUCUUUGGGGAUCUUUCUAUUGCAAAAAUUAACAAGGGGGCGUUACAUUAAUUGGGGGGGGGGGAUAGGGAAGAAUUUGUAUUUUUUUUCGAAUUUUGUAUUUCAUUCUGCCGAGAAAAAUUAAAAAUAUUUAAUUGUAGAAUAAAAAAUACGUCAUUUUUGGAAAGUCUUUGGCUGAAACAAAUAGAGUUAAUAAUCGAUUCACAGGUAAAUUAUUAUUAAGGAAAAUCAGGGGAGUGGGGAUUAACUAAUGUUAACUUAAACCUCUUUUUUUUGUUCAACCGUUCACUGUAUAACUCGCAAAAAACAUAAUUUUGAUAGAUAUUUUGAUUAAUAACGCAUGAACCGUAGGGCCAUGACUAAUGAAUUUGAAGUCAUGUAUUUAGGGAACAUCCACAAGACGAUCAAUCGCGUAUUGAGAUUCUUAGACGAUUGUUAAUCCUCGUCAUUCCUCGUUGAUAAGUAUCUCCUAAAUAUUUGUACAAAUGACAAUUUUAAUUUUCUUUGUUUUCACAAAUCGGUGGGGACACCCGAGCUGAGGCUUUCGUAGUAAAUUUCAAAAUUACUGAAAGAAUAUUCUCUAAACAAUUAGACUCUAUGUACCAUGUCCUUAACUCCAUGUACUUCCUGAGGAAGUUCCGCAGACAAUAUUUUUAUAACAAUCCAAAGGACAAAAAUUGAAAUCGAAUGAACCUCAUUUCCAAAUUAUUCCUUUGUUCAAAUGCAUUCGAAUGAGUGUAAAUAGUGCGAAAGAAGUACAGAAAAGUUGUGUGCACAAACGAUGUAAAAAUACCCAAUUUUGACGUAGAAUAAUUUUUUUGAUUGAUCCACUCGACAACAAAAUCCUUCAUUUAUGUUUCUUGAAUGCAUUUCGAGUUGAAGAAACAUUAAAUUGUAAACCUAUUUUAUACAAAAAGUCGGAUCAACCCUUCGACCGGGGGGAGUACAUCGGAAAAACAAUUCUAAACAAAAAAAACUCGAUUGAUCCAAGUGGUUUAUUGAUUUAAUUAAUCGCAAAAAAUGCUGUUGUGAGUCUCGUAAACCAAAUGAAUAUUUUAUUCAAUUGAGCAAAUUUUUGUAACAAAAUAUUUUAUAUCGUGAUGUUGAUAUAUUGAGAAAUCGCCAAUAUUUCUCAAAAAAUAUAUUCGAUAACACGAAAAUUCAAUUUAAUUGUGUUAAAAAAACACAAAAACAAAAAAAUGUAAUAAUUUUUCACUCGAAAAAAUUCACAUUGAAGCGAUAUUUGUGUCUUACAAAUAACACUUCAUUUAGCGACAAUUCAAAUCUAUCAAUGACUUGAAACAAUCACUGAAAUUUUUAUUGUUUAGAAUUUUUUUCGUUGUACGUCGACUCCCACAAAAAUUAAUCUCCAAAAUUGAAGAUUAAAAAAUAUUGCUUUCGGUUGAAAUGACUUAUCGUACCUCAUUUAGGGCCACGAAGCCGACAAUCUCAUUAAUUUAACCUUCUACAUGUGUGAGGGCAAUGAAUAAUUGAUUAUUAUAAACAUGUCACAAAUUUCUACAGAAGAUAGACGUAUGUGAGUUACUCGAUAGUUGCACGCUUUUUAUAUUACGAAUUUGUUUUUUUUUCACCACACGAAUUUCCAAAGUUUUGAGAGAAAGAAGCGAGUGUUGUUUGACUAUAGAUUGGACUUAAGAUUACACAUGAAUGAAAUAAAGAUAUUAAUUGAAUUACGAAUAAUGUAAAAAUAUGGAAUAUAAAUCCCUGAAUAAAUGUAAUUUAAACUCUUCAAA